GUGCAGGACAUAAAUAAAUAGCUUUACAUGAGGUAAAGUUGUAGCAAAACUACAUGUAGAUAAGUGGUCACGCAAGGACAUGAAAUACUCUGUAAAUUGGAGUACUAAAUAUUUUUAUAAAACUUAGGAUUCACUUCCAUUAGAUUUUCCCACACUAGUUGAGUAGAGUUCUUCUGAUCUACACGUACAACUGUACCUAUAUCAUAUAUUGUCACAGCUCACAAUUACUAGAGGUGGGUUAUUCAGUUCCUGCAGGCAUCUUUUAUGUACUGUUGGUAAAGAUCAAGAAUUUGCAGUGAGGCCAACUAGUCACCAGCAUUAUGACAUCUCGUGGUAAUGUAGCUGCAAAACAAAGUACAAAAGAAGUGGAAGGAGAUGAUAAGAUGAAGACUUUAGAGUGUUUGAGAGGGAGAUUGCUUGCAGAAAGAGCUGUUUCAAGAGCUGCUAAUGAAGAGGCUGAUAAAUUAGGCAAUAAGUUGAUUGAACUGGAAAACAAGUUGAAAGAAGAGGUGAAGUUGAGGAAAAGGGCUGAAAAGAGGCUGAGAUCACUAACCAAGAAAGUUGAGUCCGUGAAAUUAGUAAAUGUAGUUUCAGAUGGAUCUUCAUCUAAUAACUUAAGCCCAUUGGAAAAGAGUGAUUCAAGCUCUUUAUCAUCAUCAUCCACUGCCUAUUCUUUUUCAUACCCUGGUAAACUAAAGAAAAAGCCCAAUUCCCCAUACAGAAACUCCUCAAAGUGUGAGCAUGUUAAACAGGAUGUGCAGCAGAGUAAUACUGAUAGCGGUGCAUCCGGUGAAAAUCAAAGUUUUACCUCAAGUGGAAAGAUCAGUUCUGAUAAAACCAUCUCUGAGAAAUCUGAUGAUCAUUCCCAAUGUACUCAGUCCAACUAUGAUGAGAAGCUUGAUGAUCAUAGUUCAAAACCUUCAUUUGAGGAUAAGGAGACUAAUGGAGAGAAUCAUCAAGAUUGGGAUGGAACUAGUGUUGAUAAUUCAAUGGCACUGGUUGCUGUUGAUAUUCCGGUAUCAACACAGACCACAUCUACCAUCAGACCACUUAUAGCUGCAGAUUCUGGAGUAAAAGAUGUUCUGGAGACAUUGCGAUAUGUGAAGGAAGGGCUUCAAAGCUCAAUGGACACGAGGCGUAUGAUUAGAGCUGGUUAUUAAUUUACAUUAUAAUUAAUCCCAGAAUAAUCAUUCCCUUUGAUGGGAUUUGUUUGAGCUAUUGUUGUUUAUUGAUCUUGGAAGUUCUGUUUCAGGACUAGUGAUAUAGUAAUCAAUAUAAGUAGCUGUUUUGAUAAAUUUUAGUUGUUACAUAAUGAAUGGAUCAGUGAGAUGUCUAGUGAUAACUUUCUUGUAAUAAUAUUAAGAGUAUUGUUGAGUUGUCCAUUUUGAAAUUUUGCUUAUUCAACAUUUUUCUUUUCGAAAUUCAAA